AUGCCGCUCAACACCACCACAUUCCUGGUCUCACAGGGUUGGGAGGGUGUCGGCGUGCCACUCGAUGGCAAGGCCGGUCGUGGCCUCAAGAAGCCUCUCGCCAUCACCCAGAAGAAGACCCUCUCUGGUAUCGGCAAAGACCGCGAUCGCGCCGACGACUGGUGGAACAGCAUCUUCACGGCAGGUGCAAAGAGCCUCUCAAUCGGUCCGUCACCCGCCUCAUCAGGCGCAUCCACCCCCGUAUCUGCUUCAAACGGCCAGAAAUCCUCCAGCUCCUGGAACAUGGGUGAGCGCUCGGCUGCAUCUGCAUCCAUGUCGCUCUCCUCCCUCGCCAAGCGCGAACACGCCCGGAAAACGCUCAUGAGCAACUUUGUUCGUGGCAAACCCAUCGUCCCUGCUGUCGAAGAGACUCUGCCGCUCAAGGCCGCUCCUUCAUCCCCGCCAACUUUGAAGGCAGACGACACUCCCGCUGCUUCCGACGUCGAGGUCGAUGCGGCUCUCAACGUGGUUUCCCCUUCCUCAUCUUCUGCCUCUGCUUCAUCUGUGCCAUUGAGCAAGGAAGAAAAGGCGAUGAAAAAGCGGCAGAAGAAAGACGACGAGGCUCUGCAGAAGAAGCUCGCCAAGAAGGCUCUGCGAAAGAAGCUCAAGGAGUCACAGGGAUUGGCACCAUCCUCAACGCCGGCGUCCGAAUCUUCGGCAGAACCCGUCGUGACCUCUAAAGACAAGAAGAGCAAGAAGAGCAAGGAUGCCAAGGAGAAGCCAGGCGAUCGAGAAGGGAAGAAGGAAAAGAAGACGAAGACCGAAUCAUCGGCGAUCAGAGAUCCGGAGACACACGAUGAUGACGACCAGAAGGAUCUGGGUUCAUCGAAGAAGCGUAAGCGAGAUGGCGAGGCAGAAGCCAUUAGCGACAAGAAAGCCAAGACGAAGAAGCUCAAAGACGAGAAGAGCGAUGUGAAGAAAGAGAAGGCCGAAAAGAAGGAAAAGAAGAUCAAGAAGGAAAAGUCGAAGAAGGACGGAGAGGCGAAGGCGGAGAAGAAGGAAAAGAAGGAGAAGAAGAAGAAGAGGAAAGAGGUGCAAGAGUGA